CUGGGUUGACAAAAUGACUCCAGCCUGAAAGCUGGUCUAAAAAUUUAGCCCCAAAAUUUAGCUGAUUUAUUUGAAGAUGCCAAGUAACGGGGGAUGAUUCAGAGCCUCGAGGCAGUGUCAGCAUCAACUGAUGUGAAAACCAUGAAGGGAUAAAGUCACGUGAGGAGGUCUAGAAUAGCAAUGCAGCUAUGUAGAAGUUGGUUAGAACCAGGUCUGCUUGUCUCUGCUGUGAUGGUGCUCACUGUGCUGGGAGUGAACCCCAGGGAGGAGGACGGACUCAAGAAUGCAAGGCACAGUGAAGAGGGUGUAAAGAAGGUCCUGGAUUCACUGAACAGGGCACAGCGCCAGCAAGAAAUUAUGGAGAGGCGAGAAGAAUAUUUGAUAAAUAUUACAAUCAAUGAAAAAUUUUCUUGGGUUAAUUACACAGAUGGAUUGCCAAAUUUCUUCUUGCAAGAUGAAAGAGAUGCUUUGGAAAACAGUUAUGCUUAUAGGGAAAGUGCAAUGGUUUAUGUUGGAAACAAGGGGGUAUCGGAAUGCAUUAAAAAGAUUGUGGAAAAGAAGCAAUUGUCUGUUUCUGAUUUUGUUGACAGUGAGGCUAGAGCCGAGUGGGAAAGGAGGAACAAUAGAGGAAACUUGGACAAAACUGACCAAGAUUUCAAAUUCCAUGUGGGGGAUUUCACUUUUGGGCUGUGUCAAGGCAGAGGCAAAGAAAAAUGUGCAUACUUUAUCACUAUAGAAGACCCUUUCCAACGUGCAAUAAGGACUUAUGAAUUAUGCAAACGAGAGAGAUCUCACCCUGUGUGCAGUCUACUCGAUGCCAAGAAGGUAACGCUACUGCAAUGGACAGUGCAUCAUGGGAAUUAUUUGCUGCACCAGCUUAGUUUCCAUGGCAACUACUGUGAUGCCAAUGUAGAAAAUAUUCCUCAUAAAUAUAAACAUGUGACUGACAAAGAGGAUUUACCCUGCUGGUUUAAACAAAAAUUGAAAAUGGAGGAAAAUAUCUCUGAUGCUGAUUUUUUCCAUCUAACGUCAUUUAUAGUUCGUAACUUAGAAAAAUGGUUUGCUGCAGUUGGUCUGCAAGAAGACCUGGAGAACUCUGGAAAGAUUUUCCAGCAUGUGCUGCAGCUGCCUUUUACAAAAUGUUUCAGUGAAAAAGUCAAAAAUGCCAAGUCACAGGUGGAUUUCAGUCAUGAUGAUGACAAUAACAACAGGGUGAAUAGAAAACCCAAAAGAACCUUGGUGCCAGAAGAUGAGGGUUACGAUUAUGAAAAUGACCCCAAUGUUUUGAGGUAUGACUUCAGGAUAGAGAAAGCCCUAGAGGCAGAUAAGCUCAUUUACAAGCAGGCUCAAAGAAUUUUCAGGUUACAGAAACAAAGGCUUUUGAAUAAAACUAAAUAAAAUGUGAUAAUGAGUAUUUGAGGCCGGUGGGCAGAAGUAGUUAUUUAUAUGUAGAAUAAACGUAAAGACAUACUUGUUAAGGUGCAAAAAUCGAGGCUUUUAGGUAAAACUGAUGAGAAAACAUUAUGAAAAUAAUGUUAUAUGUAAAUGUCAAAAACAACUGUUCACACACUUCAGAAACUGAGAAAAGACAAGUGCUUCUGGAAAUUCCUAAUAGAAAAAAAAAUAUUUCACUUCAGAAUUAUUUAUUGAAACAAUAAUUAUAAAUUGUUUUAUUAAGUGACCAAAACCAUUUAAGAUCCAUUGUAAAGAAUGAGAGACUUCUUUCCUUCUGAACAUUGAUUUAUUGUACUCCUCUUUUGUCAUAAUAAAAUCUUCAUAAUUGUGAAAAAUAUGCAUAAUAUCAAUAAGUUUAACUGUUAGUAAUUCUGCAUACGCAGAUCAUGGGAUAUGGAAAACCAGUGAUCUUUAACAGGUUC